AAUAAAGAAGAGAAGAAAUAUGGACUGCAUUGCUAAAAUCUUGGUUUUGGUCAUUCUUUCUAUCCUACUUAUUAGUGACAGACCAGGCGUAAGGAGUUCUUCAACAGCAACGACCCCAAAUACCACAUCAGGUGGAACUACAACAUCUACAACUAAAUUGCCGAAUGCCACAGAAGCAGCGUCUUCAACUACAACAACGUCUAUUUCAGGUACUACCACAAAAAACCAUUCCAGUAAUGCAAGUUCCAGCCAAAUAACAACAUCAAGUGGUGUAUCGUCAUCUGUCAACAGUACACGGGCAUCAGCUGUGACGUCUUCCACCCAAAAUGGAGGAAAUAUUUCUAGUAUUCCUAAAUACAACUUAUAUCUGUUUUUGCCAUUAGGACUCCUCUUUUUGAGAUAAUUUGGGAAAUACAAACUUGUGUGUUUUUCACUACUCUAUGACGCGGGUUACAAACGCCGAAUGAGUAAUUAUAUGUAAUGUUAUUAAUUUCUUUUUCGUGAUUAUUUACAUCGGAAUUACCUAAAUCAUUGUAUUGUAAAAUGUAUUUCAUAAAACAGGUACAGUACAACACUCUG